AUGGCCUCGUCCAACCUGAGGUAUCAAGGAAAAGUUACAAUUGUGACCGGAGGAACACAAGGAAUUGGGGAAGGAGUUGUCAGAGAGUUCGGUAAGGAAGAAUAGUCAAAUAUCUACAGCAUUACUUAACUUUUGGGCUUGCCUCUCCUUUUGGUAAAAUUUGGGUUGAAAUAUUUUAUGGGACGGCUGUCAUGCACAUAUCAUUUUUCGGUCAUCCCCUGGCGGGGUGGAAGGGGGGAGGGGAGGACCCGGGUAAUUUUAUAUAACUUUGUAUGGGGAGUUUAAUAUAGGGGGAUUUGAAAGAUUACUCCAUCAAUGGAGGGAAUGAGGGAGGUUUGGUUUACCACAUCCUUGCACGGGGGGAAAACCGGGGCUUUGUGUAAAGAAAUAAUUAGGCCGAUUUUACGUGAUUCGCAUAGUCUUGAAAACUCCUUGAAUUUUAGGGGAAGUCCUUGAAAAGGCCUUAAAUUUUCUUCAACUUUGAACGUAGUGGUCUGGACAGUGUUGUUUAAUGCUUUUUGGUUGUCUAAGACAGAAUAUAAAUCAUAGCUCAGAGAAGUUAAAGGUGAUUUACAUAAAUUGUUUUUUGUCUUAUGGAAUAACAGCUAUCAAUUUAAGACGGUGUAGAGCAAGUGUUUCCAAAAGUUCUCAUCCCAACUUUCUCAAUGACUCAUCUCGGAACACUUGCUACACAGGCUAAUGUAAGGCAAGUGAACAGAAAAAUUCAGAGAAGUUGGUGGAGCAAACAAUUCAAGCCUUAAAGUCCUGUUAAAAUGAACUGUGAAAAGGUUUUUUUCUGUUGCAAUCAGUGAUAUUACAUUCCUGGUAAAAGCGCUUUCUUCUUGACAUGAAUAUCAACCUCACUUUUCCUGGUGCUUUGCAAACUGUGCAAAGCUUGCUUCGAGGUUAGGUGACAAAGAGGCAGCUAAGGAUUUUUUUAACAGGUAGAUUGAUCUUGCCAUGUGGAGAAAAGAUGUAUGGUAACAGCAUGGCGGCUUCUGUCAGUGUAAUAGACAGAAUGUGACUCGUGUUUCCAUGGCUUUUGUGGAAGAAAAGAAAGUUUUGACAUGACGAAAGAAUGGAGAAGCAGCUGGUUAUAUCAUUCCACCUUUACGGCCUAAAUUCCAGAAAAAAUUCCUUUUUCUCUUCAAAAAGCAAUUGUCUUGAAACAAAACCAAAAAUACAAGGUUAUGCCAUCACUGGGAAGUUUGUCUGUUUUUGCGUGAGCGCAAAUUGUCCAAAACAUUCUUUCCUUAUCAUGUCGUUAAAGAAAAGGAAAAAAUUUGUGGUAACCACUUUAUGCCAUCUGCAGGCACAUUUAUUAAGUCACCCGAUUGUGCCUGUAUCAAAUAGUUAAUUUCAGACCCUGUGUAGGAGGGGGAAUUUCUUAACUUUGAUUGCUCUGUUUGCCACACGUCCCCUCCCUUGCCCUGGGUCCCCCACCUCAGGGGAUGGUGGAUGAGAAGUGUAUUAUUCACUCUCCUCCAGUGGGCCCUGUCCUUUUGCACCUGCCCACUAAGGAUGAUGAGUUGCUUUGGAGAGCGGUUCGGAUUUUUCUUUAAAGAAGCCAUCAAAGUCUAGAUCCUUCGGACAUUUUUCCUCACAGGCGAGGCUUCUAAAUUUGUUACGUGCGUAUAGGGCAUGGAACAUGAGUGGAUGUUAGAGGUCUGCAAACUGAGAUUUGCCAUAUAUUUUCUACUAGCAUACUGUUAACCACCAUUAAGCAAUUUUAUCUGUGCAGUAUCUAAUUUAAUUUGUGCAGUACAAAACUAGUCAGGGGUGCAGCUACCUGUACGCAUGGUGCACAUGGUAUCCAAAAACGUUGAAGGGAAAAAACAAAAUGAAAUAAAAUCCGGAGAAGCCACAACAUUUAUUGGUGAACUGCAUCUUGAAUUAUAAUAUAUUUUUGAAAAUUGCUAUAAAAUAGUGCGCAUAGCAAGCUUGAUGGUGUAAAGCUUGAAACAGUUGUUUUUCACCUAGGCCUGUCUUCGCAGUAUGCGAAAUAAGGCGAGGGUUUGCAAGACAUGUAUUUCCAGAACUUGUGCACUUGAUACCUUCAAUUGUAGCAAACACACAGACAGUAUAAAGCGUCGCCAACAUGCAAACAUUGUACAUAAUUGGAUAGAAUAAUUCUUGUGAUCAUCAUGCAGCUUUUGACAUAAAUACACUGUAGGUCAUGAUGAACAUGACUAAAUUGUCAUUUGAUCACUUAAACCUUCAUUUUUCUUCUGUGACCCGUACCAAGAAGGGAAAAUUGCCUUCCUGUGCUUCUUUUAAAAAGCUGCAAUGUGUUAAAAAAACAUGUAUCUAAUGCAGGUAAUGUAUCCUAAAGCCAAGUAUUUUGACAUUACCAUUUUGUUUUCUAGUCAAAGCUGGAGCCAAAGUUAUCUUUUGUGGACGCGAGGGUAUGUCAAUUUUUCUGAUAACUGCAUGUCAAAGCCCAUAAUUGUCUAGAACAAAUAAAUACAAAAGUGCAUUGCUUUCUUAUUCUGUGUGGUAUUGUGUUCACAUCUAUUGUGGCAUCCAGGGAUGGAUUGUUUUACCUACAACUGGCAAGUUCUUUAAAAGUGGAUACACCAUUUUAAGAAGGAUCAUUUCUUACAUUCUGCUCUUUUAAUUUGUAUAUUUACAAAAUGGCUCUGUACUGUUGAAUCUUUGUUCAUUUAAAAUUAUUUAAUACGGCGUAACGAUCUGUUCUUAAGGGAAGACAUGUUGAGGUUUUAAUGUCUAUAUUAAGUAACGUGACAAUAGUGAGAGUUAACAUACUGUUUUAUGGCUGGUAAAGCAAUAGUGAUCAGUUGUACAAUAAUAUUGUGAUACCAUGUCAGGUGAUGAUUGGUACAGUGAAUUUAUGGUGAGUUUUAGUUUUGCCUUUAGAGAACAACGGUGGAAUUAAAACUCGCUGGAAUCUCAUGAAAAUCAAUGGCCAAAAAUGCGAAAAAUGCACAACAACAAAAAAGAAGCCGAGACAUGAUAAGAAGGUCUAAUAUGUAUUUUGAGUGUUAUUUUUGACCCCUAACUAAUGAUCGUGCUAAAUUCCCCUCACAAACUUUUAUUAAUGAUAUUUCUGUUAUAUAACAAUGAUUCUCACUCCUGAACUAAUGGGGGACCUAUGCUUCGAUGUAUCAUUACUCUCCGAGAAUCAUGAGAAUUAUGUCUUGAAAGAAGGUGACCCUGGUGGGUGGCACAUACCUUUUUCGGGAGUUCCCCUUCUCCUCUCUAAUAUUACAAUUAAAACACUGUGUCUUUAUUUUUAGUCAGAAUUAACUUUAUUUUCUGUGUUGUGCUUUCUAGUGGCUGACGGGGAAAAACUUGAAAAAGAAAUGAAUGACAAAGGUCCUGGAGAAGCAUGCCUUAUUAAAUGUGAUGUUACUAAAGAGGAGGAUAUCAAGGUCAGUGUACUGUGCCUUCUAGAAACUCUUCAAUCUGAAGUAAUUAUUAUUUGUUGAGUUGAUUUUUCUUAAACCCCAACAUUCUGGUAUCAAUCAUCUGGCAUCUUAGCACAUCAGUACCUCCAUUCUAAGUCGACUGAUGGUACAUUGAAUCAGUGAAAACUACUGAAUCUUCUAGUCUAUGAACACAGCCAUCCUAACAAAUCUGACUCUAGACUCACUCUGCUAGCACACUUAAUCAGCCAAUCAUCUCACCACAGCUCUCUCAGUUCACCCUGUUAGUACAAUCAUCAUUCAAAACCAAAACUUGCAGUUAAUUUGGGGUAAGUAUGAACAAUAUAAAAUCCACCUAUGUAGCACAGCACUCUUACCACACGUUCACCCUGCUAAUAGCCACUUAAUGAGAGACAAAACUGCAUACUUCUAGCCACAGUCAUUCCAACACAGCUCUCUUGGCACACCCAACCUUUUUUGCAAAACUGAAUUCAGACAUCUUAGUACACGUGAUCACAGUCAUCCCAACUCAGCUCUCUCAGCAUACUCUUCUUGUAAAAUCAUGUCAAUCAGUCAUGACUGAAUCAUCUAGCCCCGGUUGUUUAAGUGUCUGCAUAAGAUUUAUCCAGUAGAUAGCAUUACCCACCUUUUUAAACAACUGUAGCCUGGUCUAUGACCUCAGUCAUUCCAACACAGUGACUUUCAACAGUCACGUUACGAUUUAUAUUUUAACACUCAAUUAGCCAAAACUAAAUCCUCUGGUCUGUGACUCGUUGGCGUUGUUGUGGUUUAAUUUCUUUGAUCCAAGAUUGACGACAGCUACAUUAGUGAAUACCACUGUACCCUGUUCCAUCUCCAGAUUAGAACCACAGCAUUCAAAAAAGUACUUUUUUCACAAAAACCUCAACGACAAAGCUACAGACAUUCCAUAAAAGCUUCCCAAACAAUAUCUCGAUGUUUUUGUCUAAUAUGUUUUUUAUCUGACUUCUUUUACUUUUUUGUGGGUCAGUUUUUCUCUUAAAAUUUAUGUUUAAACUUAAACAGUAAGAAAAGGCUGUUUUUCUUUAUGUCAAUGAAGAAUUUGGUGGAGAAGACAGUUGAAAAAUAUGGUUGGAUUGACUGCCUCAUCAACAAUGCUGGAUGGCGUAAGUAGAGAAACCUUUUUCUUGAUCCUUUGUCAUAACUAACUGCAAGCUAUCAAUAUUUGUUUAUGUAUCUAGUCUGAACUUUUGUAGGUGCGUAAUUCAGCCAUCUUAUUUUUUGUGAGUUGAAAUAGUAAGGCUUGAGAUACUAUCUAAUGGACCUUAUUCACGAUACCCGCCAUAGGGCGUAUGGAAAAGCCGGAAUCCGGAACCCGGAACCGGAACCGCAACUUAAAUUGAAACCAGGGUAAACUGGGAAGCACUGAAACCAGUUCCCGAUACCCGUGUGAGAAUAAAAUUCAAGAUGGCGUCCUCUGUUAUCAUUGUUUUGAGAAAUUUUAAGCACAGUGAUCGUGAUACCAAAGGUAUACUCACAUUCGGAAAGUGACUUGCAAAAAAGAAGGUAAGUGCAUCCUACUGUUAUUCCUAGCAGUCAUAAACUGUGACUGCAGCUGUAGGUCGAGCAAUUUUACGACAGAUCGAGACUAAAACUAACCAGCCGAUUGACUGCGAAAAGCAGCCAUGUUUAAGACCGCUGUGUUAUUCAUUUCCUUCUCUUGAGCCUAAGUUACUCAUUUCUUAAAAGGGCUCCGUGUUUCAUCCAUUGUGAGGAAAAGGCAGCAAAGGGAGGAGGAGUACUCAUGUCAAUCAUGAUCCCAAGUUUCAACGCUCACGCGUAUAUGAAAUUCUCGAAGAAAAAUUUUGCGCCGUACGCAAAAAAUACGACAGUAAAAAAUAUAAUAACAAUAAAUAAAUAUAUUAUAUUUAAAUGUGGGGAUGAAAAGUCUUGAUCGAGCAGUAAUUGUUAGUGACACUCCUAAGACAGAAACGUCUCCAAGUUUUAUUUCUUAGGUUCGGGUUCGGGUUCCGUUUCCGUUUCCGUUUCCGUUUCCGUUUCCGUUUCCGUUUCCGUUUCCGGCUCCGGUUCCGGAUUCCGGAUUCCGGCUUUUCCAUACGCCCCCCGCCAUAUCUUUGCAUGUGCUUUAGGAUCGAUGGGAUAUUAGCAAUGUCACGUCGUUUCUCAGGGGGCAAACAAUGAAUAAAAUUUGCCAAUGCAAGAAAUCGAGGUUGAGUUUGUUUAUUCUCUCAAAACGAGAGGACGAUUUAAUAGUCAUGCAAAAUGUACAGUUAAGUUUCGACAGGUUUUGUGACAUUAUUACCUGCUCUGAGGACAUCUUACGGUCGCUACUGCAUCUAGGAAAGUAACAAUGAUCAUUUUCACCCGUGAUUUGCCAUUAUUGUCUUCAAGAUAAAAAGUUCUUCAUUUUCCUUUGUUUAGAAUAAACAAACUCAACCGCGAUUUCUUGCAUUGACAAAUUUUAUCACUUGUUUGCCUCCUGAGAAACCACGUGACUCCGCUUUUAUUCCAUCAGUCGUAAAGCGCGUGCAAAGAUGGCGGGUAUCUUGAAUAAGUUCUGUUACACUGACUGAUCAGUCUAGUGAUGGUGGUUGCAAAAAACAUAUGAAAAAGAAAAAAAAGUGAGACAAGGAGAUCGGUUCUCUUUUUCUCCAGUCUUUUUUAGUUAUUAUUGUUUUCAUUUUUAUUGCUGGCGAGCCUUGUACGAGCCAGCAGUAACUAUUCUGUACAAUAGCGGGAAAAAGCCAAAAUGUUUUGGAUGUAAGAUCAGAAGUAUGCGCAGUGGAGUGUUUUUCUUCUGUGCGAUGACAUCACGUAAAACGCACAUGGACGAGCUCGAGAGAUUUCAAGAAAAUUUCAAUAUGCAAUGUAAAUGAGAAGAUUCUUUAGUUAUUGCUUUUCUUAUUUUCUAGAUGUCUCUAUUUGCUUGUGGAAGUAUUCAUCAACGUCUCGAUCCAGAGCAUUUUAGUGAUAAAUGUAGAGGAAGACGAGAGAUUUAAUUAUAUUUGUUUGGCUACUCUAUUUGCUUAUUCGUGAAUAAAUGGAGGUUUGAAGAUCUCGAUCAAAUUAUCCUUUAUGGAGAUAGUUUUUUUUCUCUGUCGGCAUUCAGCAGUAGUGAAGUGCCAGGCAAAAAAUAGUUCUAUCCUACUCUAGCUCGGUUGUCUCGGGAGAAAAGAGAGGAAAGUGUGAAGAAAACCAGCUUUGCGUCUAAAGCGACCUAGUUACCACAUACAAAACAAUGUUUGCAUACUCCUUGUCCAUUGGGGCGUUAAAUCUGAUUGUCCUGUAAAAAUCUGUGCCUGUUGAGGUAAAUAAUUCAGCUCAUAAUUUGACCAUUGAGUCACAUUUUUCUGUUGAGGUGAACGGAAAGCUUGGAGCCAUGGAUUCAAAAUGUGUAAUAAUUAAGAAUUUGCUCAUGCUAAGCGUGCGUAUAUCGAGGUAUGGAUGCACUCGGGAAGUUUGGAGAGCAAGAAAGAUGCGUAAGAGUUGCUUGAGUCACGACCUAGAGCAACCCUAGCUUCUUAGCUUCAAUUGUUUUUAAACUUCAAAGUCAAAAGAAAACCUCUCGAAACCACAUUAAGCCCGUUUUUUAAUAAUAUCCAUGAAACGAUAUCUUCGCACCUCCAUUCGUGAAUCGGCAUAAAUUGUUGACAUAGUAGAAGAAUCAAACACAUAAAAAUAUCUUGUCUUCCUCGGGAUUCAUCACUUAACCAUUCGUGACCUCGAUUAAAUUCUUAUUUCCAUAUUAGGCAAAUAAGGAAAUUUAAAAAAUAUAAACAAGCAAUAAUCAUUGCUAAAGGCCUCACUUAUCAUCUGUUUGGCUCUGGAAACUUAGUCCAAGGUCUUUUCCCUUUUAUACAUCACAAAUACACGGAAAUAACAUAUUUUUCUAAAAAAGGCUAGCCCGCCCUAAUUCCCAGGGCUAAUUGUCAUUUUGUUCACUUCAUAUAAUAUUUUCAAACUUUAUUCUCUGUAUUCUGUUCGAGGUUUGAUGCCAACACUUAAUUUCAGAUUGAAACGCCUAGUUUUCUUUUGCAAAUUUCUCCAGUCUUACUGAGCUGGACCCUUAAUAACUUGACUGUCUGAAAAGGGAGUGAAAAUGGUCUUUUAUUUUUGAUUCCAGGCAUUUGAAACUUCUAAUGGUUUUUAAUUAUGCAUUGUUUUCUAGGUGUUAAGUUUCUAUCGAUCCUUUUUAACUUUUAUUACAGAUCCCCCAAGUAAAACAAUUGAUCAGACUUCAGCUCAUGAGUUUAGAGACCUGCUGAAUCUUAACCUUAUGAAUUACUUCUUGUUUUGUAAAGUAAGUCUUUUAAUCAAAUGCAAAUGUUACACUUUAUUUCUUGAUUACAUCUGUUUUUUAGAUUAAGGGGAGGAAGAUUUAAAUUGCAAUAUUUUAGCCAAAGCAGUACAAUGUAUUAGUCAAGUAUAACAUAGAAAGAAUAGCCUGUGCAGCAAGCACUUGGAAGUAUUAAAUGGGCGCAAGAGAGAACGAACACGCGGGGGAGACACGCCCCGCGCCCGUUCUUUCUUGCCCCCAUUCAUUCCUAGCGCUUGCAGGCUAUAGAAAGAUGGAGAACUAGUCGGCAAAAUGCCAGUAAGCAUGCUAUCUAUUUAUCAAGUGUGAUAGGUAUAAGAAGUGUCAAUAAUGUGAGACCUUGCGAUGGGUGCUUGCCAUUUACACAAACCAUCCAUAUCGAAGGAGAAUAAUUGGCCUUUUGAUAUGUUUUUGUUUUCAGUUUGCUUUGCCUCACUUACGGAAAACAAAAGGAAACAUUAUCAAUAUGUCAAGUUUAGUGGCACAAAUUGGCCAGCCUGGAGCUGUAGCAUAUGUUGCAAGCAAGGUAAAGCUUUUAUGUUUUUUAGCUCAAACAUGCUUGUUCUGCAGUCUUCUCAAAUGUACCAUUUUCUAAAUGAAAAAGAAAAAACAAACAAAAUUUUGAAGAGAAAUAUUUUAAGAUCUUUCCUAGUAUACGUAUGCAAUUAAACCGUCAAUAGGAUAGGGAAAAUUGUAAAUACUUACUUUGUGUUGAUUUGUGUAACUUUGUUUGUCUAAAGGGUGCAGUAACGUCAAUGACAAAAGCUCUUGCAAUUGAUGAAGCUAAGUGCGGAGUGCGAGUUAACAGGUAAUUUAUUGGUCAUCUAAACAUCGCAUGUAUAACAGGCAUCACUAAUACUGAAUCGCUCAGUAGCCAAGCGCUAAGUACCAGUCGUUGCUUAAGGUCCCUAAUAUGAAAUUUGGAGACAAUAGCCGAGACUGAUCAUUAUAAUAAGAGGCUCUCACUUGUAAACACGAAAUUUCAGACAAAAAAAUUAGCGAAUUUUAGCCCUUAUUUUACUGCCUUACAAGUUAUCAAUAAUCUUGAACCCUAAAGGUCAUAUAAAACGACAGUUAAUUUCGAGAAUCUCAAUUUUUUUUAAAAAAAAAAAUUUAUCGAGCGGCUUCAAAAUUAUUCGCUUAUUUGUCUGAAGUAGACCAAAAUGUUUACAAAACCGCUAAAAAGAGCGCCUCGAUCACAUACUUAACAAAUCCUUCUUCGUAGCAAUCGGCUGAAGCUCAGUCCAUAAUCUUUCAAUCACGUUUUUUAAAAGUUUGAAACUACUUUGAGGUAAAAUUACAUUUCAAAAGUGCUUCGUUUUCUGUAGGCAACAGCCAAACAUAAUGAUUGUUCAGUUUUUACCGUAUUUCUAACCAUAGAAACUUCAUCCCAAAAUAUCUCGAUAACGCUCUUAUAGAUUUCGGUUGAACUUCACGAACAUCGAGGUGGCCAUUAGAAAAAAAAGCUCCCCUGAAUGAUUUUGAAAGAAGAGUUCCCUUCGAUGUCAUUGUAACCCUGAUGAGAACAAAUUCGUAUCUUUAUCUAAUACAGCUGUAAUCAUGGUAAUGAUUAUUUACCAAAUCUUUGUUAAUGGCGACGUAGUUUAUGCUCAAACGUGGGGGGUAUUGACCUUGAAAAAAGCCCAUCGAGCCACCUUAAAAUAUAUGGUAAAUUUCUGCCAGCGGGGUCUUAAACCACUAGGUUCUUACACUCAGGUUUGUGCUGUAUUUUUAUGUAUUUCAAACGUUGAUCAGACUAAGCUAUGUAACAGCAAAGAUUCAUGACAGAGUUGUUCCCUAGAUGAGUUUUUUUUAUUGUUGUCAUUCUGUAUAAUUUCAGUAUUUCGCCCAGUAAUGUGUGGACACCAUUGUGGGAAUAUGUAGCUCAAUUGUCGGGCGACUUUGAGAAAAGUAAAAAAGAUGGUGAAGAAUGCCAGGUAGGUUAGCGUGUCUCGGCCUAUAUUCGGAGUGGCUUAUGUACGGAGGGAAAUUUGCGUUUCAAAAUCGAUUGGGCUAGCUUGUAGUGGGAAGGAAAUUUACAAUUUUUGCUUUGUUUUACUUUGUAUUCGAGGGCAAAUUCCAAGUACAAGCCCCCCGAAGGGCUUAUAUUCGGAGGGGCAAUUUAACAGAGGGUUUUUUGCGUGACGAUUUUGGGGGGCUUAUAUUUGGAGGGACUUAUUUUCGGAAUUAUACGGAUCGCUGGACCGUUUUCAGCAAUGGCAGCAGUAGAGUUCAAACUUAACUAAAAAACAUCCCUGAUAAGCCCUAAGUGCUGUUGUCAUCCGGCGAAUCGACUUACGUCCGGGCAAAACAACGUCGGGCGAAUCGACGCUGGGCAAAACGACCAUAAUCCGCUGAGUUUGGUGACUUGUAGGUGGGUCCCUACCCAGUCCCUGUAAGGUAUGCCUGAGUGGCUUGACCACUGGAUUUGCAAUAGUCAGACUCUAAGUUCAAGUUCCUGCGCGCCCUGAGUGCCAGCUGUUGUUUCAUAGUUGUCCCAUAUUGAAAUCGUCGACUGGACGGACGCUUGUAACUGAAAUAGCCGAACUGGCUUGCCUCUGGUCAGUCAGGAUUCGUAAACCUGUUAUGUUUGAUUUCUUCUAUUCUACAACUUUAUUUUUACACUGUUGAGAACGAUAACAACAACAACAACAUCUUUAAAUUUUAUUCAAACACGAUAAGUUUACAGCGUAGCUGAUGUGGUCGUGACAGGACGUCAACAAUUGUUCUAAUUAUAAGAACUUAUCCACAAGCAUUUUUUUAUAAGGAUACGUAAAAGAAAAGACAAUCUAAAGGGUUACGUGCUCAGUGGCCAAAAGACCGACAGCGUUCGAGUUUCAGUCACAGAUUUGCUCAGCCCUAAUAGUCUUUGUGCUAUGAAUGCUAUUAAAGGUGAAAAAAGGAAUUGUUAUUAUAACUAAUUCAUAGGCCGUCUUGGUCAACGCUUUCGGUAGAAGACGAAUGGCUGGUACUCCCUCUGAUCACGUGACCUGCAAAAGGCGUUUAACAGUGUCUCUGUUUUUGCUAAGCCGGACAAGUUUUGAUUGACUGAAAAUUCUUGGGCGAUUUCCAUACCCAGUCAGAAGUAAAAAUAUAACAAAUCACAGCUCAAUAAUAUUGUUUCAAAAUAUUGUGUGUUAUGAUUGCCAUGGUCAUGGUUAGUUUAUUUUUAAUUGGGUUUCUUUCCCGAUACUCAAUAGUCCAUUCAAAGCCGCUCUAGCACACCUGACGACAUCGCUUGUAUUGUCAAAAACGGUGCAUUUAUGUCCUCUCACUUGCUGCCAUUUUGCUUACGAUAUCGCACUCUCCCGACUGGGUGACUCAAUGUUUCUUGUUUUCUUUGAAGCUGUCAGGUCGCAUGGGAACUCUUGAAGAAUGUGGUCAAGCCUGUUUAUACCUGGCUGCCGAAGCAACUUUCACUACUGGAACUGAUUUGUUGUUGACUGGAGGUGCUGAACUCACUUAUGGCAAGAAAACCCAAGUGAAAAAUGAGGGUCUGAAUGGGGGGGUCCACUUGUCGGUUGUCGGUUAAAAUUCAGAUACUUUGUCGGUAGUCGGUUAAAAUUUUUGAUUUUUGUCGGUUGUCGGAAAAUCUCUGUUAAUAAGUAAAAACGCUUGUUAAUUAUUAAGAUUUUUAUGUAUUUCACCCGGUUUCAAGACUUUGAUCAGUAAGGGAAGAGUAAAACUUGUAGGAAUGCAUCAUUUGAUUGCACUUAAACUUCAUUAACUCUUGUUUGUUUAUGCAACAUGAUCAUUUAUUUCACCAUUGUUUGCCAAAUGAUAUCAUGAGUACUGAUAAAAUCACCAAACCUUUUAUUGGAAAUGCGAACUUGGUUUCCCUGUCGAUUACAGGGCACAGUACAAAGUAAUUAAUUAAUUAAUGGACUCCAGCCAUUUGGAUACUUAAAUUAUUCUUAGUGAAAAACUGCAAGGGGUGACAGGAUGCACAUCUAUACCUUUAAUGUUUUGGCUCUAACAAGCAUGUCCUUUGCUAUAAUUUUCAAGAAAUAACAGUUUAACCCUCGGACGUACAAGGGGUGGAGGGGGUGGAUGCCACCCCCCCCCCCACCCCCUUUAGGUUUUUCUGGGAUUUUUCGAAGAGGAUAAAUCAUCAGCACCUGACGUUUUCAGUAGAUGUUCUUUUAUCCCUCGCACGCAUUUUGAGACAAGUUCAGUGAUGACCAGUUUCUAUGGUUAAGAGGUAUGACGUAAUAAGUAGCAGGUGGUCAAGCCAUUUUGAGUGAAAAUGUAUGUUUUUUUUCAACUUUUUCAACAAUAAAAGAAAAAAUGUUGUAGCUAAAAUCAUGCAAAGUGCUUAUCUACGUGUUAUUAUUCAUGUCAAGCAAUUACCAUUUCUCGUCGUUUUAACCUGAUUUCUAAUUCUCUGUAAUAUCCAAGAUGGCGGCAAAGAUGGCGACCAUUGUUGGUGACGUAACAGGCCUCCAGCAGCGCCACCAUUCAUAAAAUAUACCUCAUCUUGUUUAGAAGAUCAAAGGCUUUUCAGUGAAGGCAAAAUCGCUUCGAAAUACCGCAACAUAGCAAAAUAACAUAUCUGGGGAGGGGUUCCAUCUACCAUCCUCUUGUACCAUGGUGUGGGGGGGCAGGGGGGGGGGUAUGAUUUUGCGUGUACGUCGGAGGGUUAAGUUUGCAAGGUAGUGGUUGGUUUUGUAUGACAAAUUACACUUUUUCAUUAAAGCUUCAUUUAUUGUGUCACGAAAGGCAAUAUUUCUUUUUCUUCCUUGUUGUGUUUUUCAGGAGCGCUGCUUUCCUUCUGUGAGUUUUACUUCUAAUAGCAAUUUUUCUUUCAAAAUUGUGUGGCCAGCCUCUGUCCAUGCAUCAACCGCUUUUUGAAAUCUGAAAUACUUCCUCAGAGGAGUUCGUAGGAUUCUCAAGGCUUCUUGUUUGUCAAAUCCAUUUUAACAAUUGGUGGGACGUAAGAGGUGAAAAUGUAUAUACUGGAAGGUUUCCGUUUAAAAUGCGUCUUUACGUCAAUGAUAGCUUUUUCUUAUUUUUCGUUGAAUGUUGUGCCUUUGUAUACAACCGGGUCGAAAAAGGUUGUUUCAGUGUCAGAUAUUUCGGCCGUAAAUUUUAUAGCCAGUAGAGUAGUAGGGUGAAGUAAGUUUACUUGUUCCUAGAAUUUGAAGAAAUCUACCAUGUCUGGUUUACUUAUGUCCCAUAGGGAAAAAUAUCAUCUCUGUAGCAUUUUCAAACAGUUGGUUUAAAGACCGUUGAUUAAACUUUCUGUUUCAAUAUAUGCGGCCGUGAAAAUGUUAGAAAGGAAACUGCUCUAUGUGCUCGUCGCGGUACCGUGGUUUUUUUACUGACAGUGCUUUCCAUUAAACUGGAAAGAAUUUCUUUGAGGAUUAAUCUAAGCAUUUCUCGGACAGAAACAAGAAACGUUCAGUUUUUUCACCUUUGUCGUUUCAAUGAAAUAUAUACAGUCGUCUGUGAUUAUGAUAUUAGUUGUAGUAAUGUACCCGUAUCAACAAAAGAGGAAGUUCUUUCUGUUAGACCAUCUGAUGAGUCAUAAAUUAAAGAGAUUACUUCCUAACGGCUAGAAAAAAAAAAUGCUCUUUUUUCUGAAACAAAUAUUGAUUAUGUCAGCCCAUGUCGGUAGUCGGUUAAUAUUUUUCCUGUCGGUAGUCGGUAUUUUUUUACUCGUUUUGUCGGUAGUCAGUAAUAUUUUUCGUCCUUUGUCGCUGGUCGGUUAACCCCAUUCACACCCUCGAAAAUGCAUAGAUAAUCAAAAUUAUUUUAUAUCUUGGGUUUCUGUUAGAGCUGUAUUCAAACAACUUUCUUCAUUCAUCCUCAGUGGGUGAACCUCAUAAUCUAAUCAGCAUUACGGUCAAGUUGCCCGAAAGUCAUCGCGACCAAAGUUAUGUCGCCUGAGAGUUUUGGUGAAGUCGGCCGAAAUGCUGAGUUAUGUCGCCCGAAGUUUGUCAUGCUCAACAACAUCUUAACAUCCCUAUUGUACAUUUAUAGCG